AUAGUCCGUCCUUCGUCUUCUUUUGGUCCCCUUCUUGUUGCACGUUCCUGCCUGCAUUCCUUUUACACUUGCUCCUGCUUUAAGCCUGCUUGUUCUGUGCUAUCUCUCUCUUCCUUCCUUCACUUUUUGACUCUCGAAAGAGAGCUUCUCCCGUCACUUGGAGCUUAGAUUUCUUUGGAGGUCGCCUUCACCCACGGCGAGUGACAGAAAUGUCCACCCCCACUGAUCUUCAGGCGCUCCUGGCGAGCAUCAGGCCGCGCCCCUCUCCAUCGGGCACUCCUGCUCAUGAUGCUCCUAUGCCGCCGCAGCAUCAGCAGCAGCAGCAGCAGCAGCAGCACCCUGGCCAGUACCAGCCGGGUUACCGCCAGCAGCACCCCCAGCCGCAAUACCAGCAGCACCCUCAGCCGCCCUAUGACGCCCAGAGCUACCCUCACCACCCUCAGCUGCAGCACCUCCACCACGGCUACCGCCACCCCUCGGUCUCCUCGAAUAUUCACAGUCCCUCGCCCGUUAAUACUCCGGCCCACCAUGGCUCGGAUAUUCUUAGUCCUAAUGUUCCUACGCCUCGUGCUGAGAUGUACUCCCAGCUGCCUCCGCAACACCAGCAACCGCAGCCGAUGCCACAUCACCAGCCGUUGCCUCAGAACCCCGACCGUGCAGUGAACCUGUUGAAUCUGCUCAAGUUCACCCAGCCCCCCGCCGCUGCUGCCCCGCAGCAAGCGCCAACGACUGGCAUUGAUCAGCCCAGAUACCCGCAGGCUCGUGCGGCUGCCCCGGAGGACCCUUCCAAGGCCCACGCGAGAAACAUCUCCGCGUCGGACCUGGUCGCCUCCCUCCUCGGUGGACAGGGACAGCCUGCCGCCCCGCCCCUUGGGCCGAUCGUUGCGGGUGCUGGCGUUGGAGAUAGCUCUUCCUCGGCUGCCCCGACCGCGGAGAACACCCAGGAGAUGCUGCUGCGUCUGCUCAACCGCCCCAAGCCCGCCCAAGAGGUGCCGGAAGGCCCGGUGAAGCCUUCUCCAGGACUUGAGGCAGAGCUGAGCGACACCGUGCAGCCAUCUGUCCCGGGUCUUGACGACAUCGCUCAUCCUGAGGAGAUUGCAUCUGGGAAACUGGACAAGCUCUCUCCUACUGGAAAGGAGUCCAUGUUCACCUAUGUGAAUCCUUUCGAGCAGUUGGCCGCUGCCUCCCCUCGCAGGACCCCACAGCCCAAUUCUCGGAGCGAGAGUCCCGCUGUGGAGAUCGUCGAGCAGGCUCCCGCCCCGGCGGAGCCGACCGAGCCUGAGCGCGCCGCGUCGCCCGUCCUGGCCGAGGAACAGAGAGAAGCUGUCACUCAGGUGGUCGACAGACUCGUGGAAGAAAUCGGUCGCGAAAUUGAUAGCUCUGCCUCCAAGCCCGCGGAUGUGGUGUCGCAGGUGGCGACGGCUCAGGAGGACACCCAGGCUGUGCUCUCGUCUAUUGCCAGCCACCUACGGGAGACCGCCGCUGAGGCCCAGGAAGAAGCCGAAGAGAGCAAGUUGGAGAAGGAAGUCGUUGAAGCCGUUGCUUCCGCUGCUGCGAAGGAGACUUCGAACAGUGGCAGUGGUGACGCGCUGGCGGACAGCUGGGAGAGUGCCGAGGACAGCGCUGAGAAGGAGGAAGAGCGUGUCGUCUCGGUGUACAACUUCCCUCUGAAGCCGUUCAUCUCUAUCUCGGUCAAGUCCCACUCCGGCAAACUUGCAACUCUCCGGGAUGAUGGUAUCAUGGACAUCGCUCGUCUGAAGAAGGACUUCGAUCAGCUCGACCGCUCGUUGACGUCUGCCACUUCCGACUACAUCGUCUACGCGUUGGCGAAGAAUGGGGGCAUGCGUAUCAUCCGUCAGGACGACGGUAGUGACAAGCAGGUCUUCCGUUCUACCCGUGACCGCGUCUUCAACGUUGCUGUGUGUACCUCUCAGACUGCGACUAGCACCAGCCGCAGCACCGAGGAGCAGGCGAUUCUGGGCAUCGGCGUGAGUGGCGCGGUGUACUGGGCAUUGAUCUCGCGCGCCGACAAGGAUCUUUUUGAAUUGGACGCCCUCGAGAGCGAGAGCCUCGUCUUCCCGCCCUUCCCUGCGUCGGAUGAGAACACUUCGGGCGGCCAGCUGAAAACGCGGGCCAAACGGAGCUCUCGUCACCCGGCGUUUUUCGCCAUCGGUCGUGGCAAGAACAUCUAUGUUGUCUCCCCUCAGGCUGCGAUGAGCCCCAGCUACGGUGUCUCGGGGCCUCAGCGUGUUGUUAACACGGAAAAAUUCUUCAAGGAGCGUGCUCUGAAGAUCUCGACUGGAAAGGCUGGCAAGGACUUCAUGUUCAGUGAUGAUGACACCGUCAUCGCCUCCCUCGACAAGACCGGCCGCCUUCGCUUCUGGGACAUCCGUGAGGUGGUCAACAACCCGGCCUUCUUCGGUGCUGGUCCCAACCCGGCCGAGGUGCGGGUGCCUCUGAACACCUUCGUCACUGGCUCUCCGACCGAGAAGUCGUGGCCCACUUCGGUCCUGUUCAUCGACAAGCUGCGCCCUUACGUCAAGUCGAUGGCUCUCCGAUACGUUCUGGUGGGACUCAAGCAGAACCACACCCUGCAGCUCUGGGAUAUUGGGCUGGGCAAGGCUGUGCAGGAGCUUAAGUUCCCCCACGAGAACGAGUCGGACGCCAUCUGCAGUGUCGCUUACCACCCAUCCUCCGGCAUCAUCGUUGUCGGACAUCCUACGCGCAACUCGAUCUACUUUGUCCACCUGUCUGCCCCCAGGUACAACCUGUCGGCGAUGUCGCAGGCUUCGUUCAUCAAGCGCUCGGGCGAGAAGGAUAGCAGCCUGCCCAAGCCGGAGUCGACGGCCUGCAUGAGCGGCAUCCGCGAGAUCUCGUUCGCGUCCAAGGGACAGCUGCGCAGCUUGGACCUUCUUCCGAUCACCAAGAGCGCUGGCGACGAGAGCAGCCUGUUCGAGCUUUAUGUCAUGCACUCGCGCGGAGUGACAUGUCUGAACAUUAAGAAGGAAGACCUGGGCUGGACUGCCGACAACAAGAUCAUCCGCCCCGUCAACGCCCUGGAGGAGGGCCACGUCGACAUUGCCGAGCUGCAGACCUUCCCCACGUACGUGGCGGACGAGCCCUCGGUGAACGGCGAUGCGGUUCCCACCCCCACCAAGCCGGUGGCCAAGGAGAUCGCCAGGAAGGUUCCCGAGUUGAACACUGAGGCUGCUGCUGCGGCUGGUCCUAGUACCUUGCGCACUCAGUCUCCUACUAAGGUGACCAUCAAGAAGAAGCCGGCGGAAGAGCAGGCCGAGUCUGUUGCCACCAACAGCUCCGAGAAGGCCGACAAGAAGAAGAAAAAGAAGAGCACCGCCAUUGCUAGUGAACCCUCUGCGAAGGGCAAGGAACCCGCUGCUACUGAGAGCGUGGGCGACUCCAGUACCCCAUCUCCCGCCCAGACUGUCCUGGAGCAGCCCAACGGUGAUGGACAAAAGACCCCCACCGCGCCCGCGCCCGCUUUCCCGACUGCCAUCCCUACUGUCGGCGCUGGCGUUAGUGCUGGCGAAACCGCUGUUCUUCUGAACAAGCACCUUGAAGCGCUCCAGACUGGUGUCUCUACCGAAUUUGGCAAGAGUCUUGGCCGUGAGUUGGAGGGAUUGUACCAGCGCUUCGACGCCGACCGUCGCAGUUGGGAUCAGGCCUCGUCAGAGAGACAGGAUCAAAUCUUGCGUCUCGUCUCGAGCACUCUUUCGGACAAUGUCGAGAAGAAUCUCAACCGCAUUGUCGCUAACAGCAUCCAGGCUGAUGUCGUUCCGGCUUUGGCUGAUAUGACGUCUGCUACUGUCGGCAAGCAGCUGACUGCCGUGGUGGCGCAGCAGAUGGGAGGUAUUGUCCCCCGUGAGCUUCGCCAAGCGCUGCCUGAGGCCGUGCAUCGUGCCGUGCAGCAGCCCGAUUCGAUGAAGAUUCUGUCUGAAGCGGUCGGCCAGAAGCUUGCCCUUCAGGUGGAGAGUGAGAUUGCCAAGGCUGUGCAAAAUACGGUCACUCCUGCCAUUCGAAACGUUGCCGCGCAGACUGCAGAGAAGGUCGCCGUCAACAUGGAGAGGCAGAUGCAGGCUCAGGCGAGACAGCAUGAACAGCAGCGCCAGAACGACGCGGCCAAGAUCGACCAGCUUACCUCGCUCGUCCGCGAACUUGCCGGGACUGUGGCCACGAUGGCGUCGGCCCAAUCCGAGCUUCAGAGCGAGGUCUUGAAGCUCAACCGUGCCUUGGCCUCCCAGCCCGAAGCCGAGCCCGAGGUGGUCGAGCAGCCUGCGGCGGCUCCGGUUGCCAACACCAAGACUCCGGAGCAGAUUGAGAUGGAGGAGAUCGCUCAGUUGAUCACCCAGGGCCGCUAUGAAGAAGGCUCAGUUAUGUGGCUCCAAUCAACCCAGCAGGCGGAUCUCUUCGACAACCUGUUUGUGCGCAUGAACCCGUCGUACCUGACGACGCUCUCGCCCAUCGUGGCUCUGUCUGUCGGCGUUGCUGUGACUUCGUCGUGGCAGACCAACCCGAUGCAGCGACUGGGCUGGUUGGAAGUGGUCCUGCAGACCGUGAACCCGAUGGACAACGACAUCCGCGAGGUCGCGCCGCGCAUCAUGGACAUUCUCAUCCAGCGCCUGGACGCUCUGUACAUGUCCGUGGCCGAGACGUCUCCACACGACCCUAUUAUCCGCAAGAUCCCGGCUCUGUCGCGCCGUGCGCAGCUCCUGCGGGGCUAGAGAGGUAUAUGGCAAGGCCCGGGGUGGAUUAAUGAAUAAUGGAUGGGACGAGAAAAACGGGGCUAUGUAUGAUGGGAUCACCUCGAUAUGUGGGCACGCGGGACCAUGCUUCCUUGCCUGCUUGGCUUUACUCUGGCAGCUAGUACUACUUAAUAUGAUGUGACGCUUUAUGCAGC